AUGAAUCUCUCCGGCCACCCAAGAGCCUCCUUGCUCUCAGUAAACCCAGUCACCGUGUUGAGCGCGAUUCUACCUACUUUCUUUCCCAUGCCUCGCAACUCUAACUUUGGAAACUACAUACUUGGUCUUUCCAGGUUUUACAGCUGCCAAGGUCUUGAGACCGGAUCUUCGCAUCGCUCGUCCCAUGUCAGUCUAUAUUCUCGCCAACGGUCCAUUUCCAAUGUCUCAUUCUGCUGUCUUUUCGAUCGGUACUUCAAGGGACCCAUAAUACCACGAAUCUUCCUCCUGGGCAUUGACAGACGGCAGGCAUUUUUCGUUGAUUUUCGCAUUCCUUGGAUAAGUUUUGCUGCUCUUUUCCGUUGUUGUCUUCUUACGAUCAGUCCCUCUUUUAAGCCGUCAGCUAUUUGUGAGUCGUGGGCGAUUGUUGUGGUUGGCUCAGUGGCCUUGAACCUCUAUCGUUCUAAUGUGACCAUCAAUUUCGUCACUAUAAGAGAUUUGCUUGAUACUCAUUGCUAUCUGCGAUCAUAUAUCGCUGCACUUCCUACGUAUCGCAGCAUGCAAGUCCUCAAAAUAGCUGGCACGCAAACUGGGCUAUACAUCCACUAUGAUUUUGGGUUCAUAGCCGAAGGAAUUAUGUAUUCAAACGCAGCUUACGUGAAUAGAAUUUGUGAGCAUCAACACGCAUCAAAUUCGUCCAUAUACUUAACCAAGGCUGACAACAUGUCUGAUUUCGCUAAAGGAGGCGCAGGAAAUACAACGGCAGGACAACUGUCGCAGUUAAGGGGUAAUUAUGAAUCAACAUUACCAGAUUGUGCAGUAUGUUUCCACUAG